GUGAAGGGGAUACAUGAACCAGAAAUUCGUCUCUUUCACAAACAUUUGUACUGUGUAACAGGCAUGAUAAUUGAGACCGACGCUGGAGAAAUGGCUGAGUUAGCGAAGGCUCCUCCCGUGGAGCUUACACUCCAGUUUUGUUUCGUCAUAAUCCAUUUUAUAGGCGAGGAAAACAAAGCUUAUGUCCGCGGCUGGUAAAGACCUAAACUGAGAUUUAAACGCUGGCUGGAUCUCACUAGGGGACUGAGAGAUUACUGCGGCUCGAAGCCCGGUCUUGAUUCCUUGGGAGCCCAACGUGCGGCCCUGUUCCCUGCUCCUCUGAGUUCCGGGCUGCAGAACUUGCUCUCAGCUCCAGUGUGAACUCUGGCGCUGCUAGGACUGCGUCAGCCCGGGCAGGUAGACAAGCAAGAGAGAGGGUAAAGUGGCCGCCAGCCAUCGCGCAGCGAGCUCAGGUCGUAGGCGGGGCUUGGGGGGGUCAAGUCCCGCCCCCCGUGACCGCUGGCGUGUGCGCAUGCGCGGAGGGCGUGCUUCCGCCCCGGUGCCGCCCACAGUCUGGGGACGUCUGCGGCGCGCGACGUGCUUCGCCGGAUAAAUGCGGUGCCGCCGGUGGUAGAGAGAGCUUCGGUCCUGAGCGCCUGGGCGUUCCGACGUCUGGUGGCGUCGGAACCUGCUCCUCCUCUUCGCUGUGCCAUGGCGGACGAAGGGAAGUCGUACAACGAGCAUGACGACCGUGUUAGUUUCCCUCAGAGAAGAAAGAAAGGCCGGGGUCCUUUCCGGUGGAAGUAUGGUGAUGGGGGGAACCGUCGGUCUGGAAGAGGCGGUUCUGGUAUUCGAUCUUCCCGGCUUGAGGAAGAUGAUGGAGAUGUGGCAAUGAGUGAUGCACAGGAUGGUCCCCGAGUACGAUACAACCCUUAUGCCACUCGACCUAAUCGUCGGGGUGAUACUUGGCAUGAUCGAGACCGCAUUCAUGUUACUGUACGGAGAGACAGAGCUCCCCCAGAAAGAGGAGGAGCUGGUACCAGCCAGGAUGGGACCUCAAAGAACUGGUUCAAAAUUACAAUUCCUUAUGGCAGAAAGUACGACAAGGCAUGGCUCCUGAGCAUGAUUCAGAGCAAAUGCAGUGUCCCUUUCACCCCUGUUGAGUUUCAUUAUGAGAACACACGGGCCCAGUUUUUUGUGGAGGAUGCCAGUACUGCUUCUGCAUUAAAGGCUGUCAACUAUAAAAUUCAGGAUCGAGAGAACCGCAGAAUAUCUAUUAUCAUCAACUCCUCUGCUCCACCCCAUACUGUACAGAAUGAACUGAAGCCAGAACAAGUAGAGCAGCUGAAGCUGAUCAUGAGCAAACGAUAUGAUGGCUCCCAACAAGCACUUGACCUCAAGGGCCUCCGUUCAGACCCAGAUUUGGUGGCCCAGAACAUUGAUGUUGUCCUGAAUCGUAGAAGCUGUAUGGCGGCUACUCUGCGAAUCAUUGAAGAGAACAUCCCUGAGCUGUUAUCCUUGAACCUGAGCAACAACAGGUUAUACAAGCUGGAUGACAUGUCCAGCAUUGUACAGAAGGCGCCCAACCUAAAGAUCCUAAACCUCUCCGGAAAUGAAUUGAAGUCUGAGCGGGAGUUGGACAAGAUAAAAGGGCUGAAGUUGGAAGAGCUGUGGCUUGACGGAAACUCCCUGUGUGACACCUUCCGAGACCAGUCCACCUACAUCAGUGCCAUUCGCGAGCGAUUUCCCAAGUUACUGCGCCUGGAUGGCCAUGAGUUACCCCCACCAAUUGCCUUUGAUGUUGAAGCCCCCACAAUGUUACCGCCCUGCAAGGGAAGCUAUUUUGGAACAGAGAACCUGAAGAGCUUGGUCCUGCACUUCCUGCAGCAGUACUAUGCAAUAUAUGACUCUGGAGACCGGCAAGGCCUCCUUGAUGCCUACCAUGAUGGGGCCUGCUGCUCACUGAGCAUUCCUUUCAUCCCCCAGAAUCCUGCCCGAAGCAACUUGGCUGAGUACUUCAAGGACAGCAGAAAUGUGAAGAAGCUUAAAGAUCCCACCCUACGGUUCCGUCUGCUGAAGCACACACGGCUCAAUGUUGUUGCCUUCCUCAAUGAGUUGCCCAAAACUCAGCAUGACAUCAAUUCCUUUGUGGUAGACAUAAGUGCCCAGACGAGCACACUGCUGUGUUUUUCUGUUAAUGGGGUCUUCAAGGAAGUGGAUGGGAAGUCUCGAGAUUCUUUGCGAGCUUUCACCAGGACGUUCAUUGCUGUUCCUGCAAGCAAUUCAGGGUUAUGUAUUGUAAACGACGAGCUAUUUGUGCGGAAUGCCAGCCCUGAAGAGAUCCAAAGAGCCUUUGCCAUGCCUGCACCUACACCUUCAUCCAGCCCAGUUCCCACUCUCUCCCCGGAGCAGCAGGAAAUGUUGCAGGCAUUCUCUACCCAGUCUGGCAUGAACCUUGAGUGGUCCCAGAAGUGCCUUCAGGAUAACAACUGGGACUACACCAGAUCUGCCCAGGCCUUCACUCAUCUCAAGGCCAAGGGUGAGAUCCCAGAAGUGGCGUUUAUGAAGUGACCUGUAGUAUGUCCCAGAAGCCCCCUUGUAAAUAGCCCAUGGAUAUUAUCAUCUGGUUGUCAUCUGUCGUCUCCAGUCUGGCUGAGGACACCCUGUGACUGUGACCGAGGGAGGGUGGCUGCAUCUUCUCCUUGCCUGCCUUCUGGAAGACUUCCGGAAAAUUGAGCCUCAUGGUGCCAGGAAGCCAAAGCUUACUUUGUAGAACUGACACUAAACUAUCGGAAGGACUUAGGUGCUUUGUGUACUUAACCCCUGGUUUCCCCUUAUUUUUUGAGAUAAAGAGUGACAUUGUA